AUGCGGUACAGGGCAGUCUUCUUGUGCCUGCUCCUCAUCAGCUGCCGGGCAGCGCAGGAAGAUCUGUGCGAAGGAGAUGGCUCAUCUUCCCUGCAGGUGAAGCAUCAAGCAGCCGAGGAAGCAGGGCAGCCACCCAAUCGCGUGGUCAACCGAAUCACCUACGACACACACUAUGGUGUGGCAACCUACGACACCGGCAUGGUCAACCGAACCACCUACGAGGACACCACCUGCUUGUCGAGUCACAUCAAUGGUGCAGACAACUUCGCCUUCGACAUAGCACCAGAUCAGCGCACUGUAGUCUACAGGGAUGACGCACAGCUGGGCUUUGCCGACAUUACCGACCCGUACAGCCCUGCUGGAACGGGCUUGAGCACCAGCUUUUGGAAUCCCGACGAGGUGGCAGUCAAGGACGAUACUUUUGCUUUAGCCAUCCGCCAAGACCAGCUGAUCGUCGUCAACAUUACAUCCCAAACGUCCGUGCACACCAUCGAGCUUGGAGAAAGGGCAAAUGACAUUACUAUCAGCCCAGACAGAACGAUUGCAGCCAUUACAACUGACGGUAGCUACAUGGUCCAGGUGAACAUAUCUGAUUCGGACCCAGUGGCCUGGACAACGCAGGUAAUAAGCGAUAUUACGAACAUUACAUACGACGGUCCCAAAGUUGAAAUUCGGGCAGACAACAUCGCAGUACUGACCUUGAACAGCAACUCGAUCAUCAUACUGAACCUGACGGAUGCCACGAUCCUUGACAGGUUCUCUGCCGGCGAAGUUAACCUCACUGGCAUCGACACGGUGGAGGACAAGCUAUACGACCUAGACUUUGAUGGCUUCAUCAACUUGAACUCCAGCCUCACGGAUGUGAAGCGGGAGCCAUGGGGGGUUGCUUGGCUCGGGGACUCCAGUUUCUUUGCUACGGCGGACAGGGAGAGUCGAGGCUUCAGCAUCUUCAACCAGAGUGGAGAGCUUAUCUUCACCUCGGGGAAUCAACUUGACCACUUGGCUGUUUCUCUUGGCCACUAUCCUGACGCAUCCUCUGAUUCAACCAGCAUUGACGUGCGGAAUGUGGAGUUCGGCACAGUCGACGGUUGCCAGAUGCUCUUCGUCCAGUGUAUCAGGGCGAGCCUCACCUUUGUCUUUGAGGUCUCGGACCCUUCUAGGCCUGAAUUCUUGCAGGUACUGCCAGCCAUCAGAAGGCCUGUGCAAGGGAAGGUGGUGCCCGACCGGCAUCUCUUUGUGUCAAUGUCGGUAGGGGGAAGCUUUUUCUCGGACCAGGACUCCGGCUUGGAGUUGUACCAGUGUUCACGGUGGCCGAGGCAGUUUCCCUUCCUGGAGUCCGGGGAUGCGGGAGAUGGCACGCCCAUUCCAUGGACACAGGUGGCCGGCCUCACCGGUGAGGAAGACGGCACGUUGUAUGGCAUCGAGGGAGGGGAAAUGGAGGUGCAAACUCAAAUUCUGGUCAUUGACAGCCAGCAGCAACCUCCACUAGUCACGGAAACCAUCCCCGUGACAUACCCGAAUGGCACGUUGGUGGAGGACUUGGAGUCUCAGGGGAUCGAGCGCAUACCUUCAGGCUUCGCGAUUGUCGAGGAGUCUGGGCGUCUCCAUCUUCUCAGCACCUCCGGUGUGCUUCAGGCCUCCUUGGAGGUCCAAGUCUUCGACAGCCUCAGUGGCGUGGCCUACGAUCCGAGUCUUGGCCUCCUGCUUACGGACACCAGCGGCUUCGUGCAGUUGUGCGAUGUGCAGCCCGCCUGUGGCUUGAGCAACUUCAGCUACACGCUGGAUGCCAGGGAGUCGCAGGACACGGACGGUGCUGUGGAGCUACGGGACGUGGCAGCACUUGGGAAUGGCACCUUCCUGUUCCUGGAGACAGAUGGCCAAGGCAGCUUUGAUGCUGCAGUCGGCAGGAUAUACAAGGCUGAGCUCCCGCAAUCUGGGGGCAGCUUCUCGAAGUCUUUGGUGGCCGACUUCUUGCUGGACCUGGUCGACCUACGAGGGCAGGUGCUGAAGGGCUUCGACAGCCUGGCCGUGACGGGCCAUGUUGGAGAUGGGGAGGGGCGCAGAAUGUGGAUCGUGAACGACAACGAAGGUUACCAGGCCUUCAGCUAUGAAACCCGGCUGAUUCCUUUGAGAGCGCCCCUCGACUAG